AUGGCGAUCGCGAUGGCGAACCGAAAUAUGCUCACCAAAGAGGUUCUCAGUGUAGUGGGCAUUGCCGAUAGCGUCUGCGAAGGCUUUGAUAAGACUAAUGUUGCAUCUACUACAAGCGUAUACACCGCUUCUGGAGAAAUUGCCUCUUCUUAUGCAACCUCCUAUUCAUAUUUUAUUGGCAAUAUGUACCUGUAUAUUAAGAAACUAAAUCGAACCCAGCUUGGAUAG